AUGGAAUUAAAUGUCAAGCUUCGCAAAGAGAAGGACGACUUACUUGCUGAUCCCAGUUUAUACAGGAAGUUGGUGGGUAGCCUUGUUUAUCUCACCAUUACUAGACUAAACAUUUCUUUUGCUGUACAGCAAGUCAGCCAGUUCCUUCAGACUCCUCGUCAUCUUCAUUUGGUUGUUGUCCAUAGGAUCAUACGCUAUGUUCAAGGCACUUCUACUCGUGGCUUGUUCUUCCCUACAAGCAAUUCUACUCACCUUGCUACUUAUAGUGAUGCUGAUUGGGCUAGUUGUGCGGACACCCGUUGCUCCAUCACUGGUUGGUGUGUGUUCUUAGGUGAUGCAUUGAUCUCUUGGAAAAGUAAGAAGCAAGACAGAGUCUCUAAGUCAUCUACGGAAUCUGAGUACCGGACGAUGUCUCUUGCUUGUUCUGAAAUCAUUUUGCUUCGAGGUUUGCUUGCAGAGUUAUAUUUUUCUGAGACCGAUCCUACACCUCUACAUGCCGAUAAUACAAGUGCUAUUAAGAUCACGACCAAUCCUAUAUACAUAAAGAGCUACAAGAGUUCUCUGAAUCUUUUCGUCCUCCAAGACUAA